CUGAAGCUACCGGGGCAGAUCAGGAAGCAAACGCAGCGCAGCUGGGUCACCGUCGCCGUUUAUCGGCGGAGUUUCCCGGAGAGCCGCGUGCGCACGCUCCGUCCUUUCUCUGUCUCUCGCGGAGCUGCAGACGGACUCGCUCCCUCUCCAGUUUGUGAGUUUUUUUUUUCUUUUUUUUUGUCCCCCGGACUGUGUCAAGCGCUCUUACCUGUCAACUGUGUGGACUCAGUGACAAUAGCAACUUCCACCGGAGACAUUCAAACUGUGUCCUCGUCUGUCCGAGCAGGAAGGAAGACACGGGGACAGGACGGGACUCACCUGCGUCUCCUCUUUAUUACCUGCACGGCUCGUUUUCCCUUCAGCUUUUUUACCCAGCAUUAAUCCAUCCGUGCGGUUUCAAGUUACGGAGCAGAGGAGUCGAGAGCUCCGUGGAGAGAGGAGCGCUGACAUUUCCACCAGAUUACCCCCGGCGCCUCAUUCUUAAUUUUGACGGGACUUUUUUCGAGGCUGGACACUUUUGGAUGGGGAGUAUUUGCUUAUGUGCCUGUAGACUGUCCACAGCCCAGCUGAAGGGGAGAUAGAGCCUCCUUCCUGCUCCCUGACAUCGGCUCCCUCAGCCACCGUCGGAGGUGAACAGGUGCCUUACCUGUGAACGCCACCUGUCCCGUCCUUCCUUAGCAAAUGGCUAGCGAGGAGCCGGCUGAUGGGAAGGAGGGGAGACCGCCGGGCGCAGCCGCGCUCACCCCCGGAGUGCCCAUCAGGGGGAUAAGGAUGAAAUUCGCCGUGCUCUCCGGCCUGCUGGAAGUUGGAGAAGUUUCCAACCGAGACAUUGUGGAGACGGUGUUCAACCUGCUGGUCGGCGGCCAGUUUGACCUGGAGAUGAACUUCAUCAUCCAGGAGCCGGAGAGCAUCGUGUGCAUGGUGGAGCUGCUGGACAAGUGCGAGCCCACCUGUCAGGCCGAGGUCUGGAGCAUCUUCACCGCCAUCCUCAAGAAGAGCGUCCGCAACCUGCAGGCCUGCACCGACGUGGGGCUCAUCCAGCUGGUCCUCGAUCGUAUAUCAACCACCGACAGCAUGAUCGCAGACUUGCUGGUGGACAUGUUGGGUGUGCUUGCGAGCUACAGCAUCACAGUGAAGGAGCUGAAGCUGUUCUUCAGCAAACUGCAGGGGGAAAAAGGCCAGUGGCCGCGGCACGCAGUGAAGCUCCUGUCAGUGCUGAAGUACAUGGCUCACAGGAACGGCCCCGAGUCCUUCUUCAGCUUUCCAGGGAAAAAUACAGCCGCUAUCGCUCUGCCUCCCAUAGCAAGGUGGCCGUACCAGAAUGGCUUCACUUUUCACACGUGGCUCCGCAUGGAUCCUCUCAACAACAUAAACGUAGACAAAGACAAGCCUUACCUGUACUGUUUCCGCACCAGUAAAGGCCUGGGUUACUCUGCACACUUCGUGGGAGGCUGUUUGAUAGUGACCUCAUUAAAAUCGAAGGGGAAAGGAUUCCAGCACUGUGUAAAGUACGACUUCAAACCACAGAAGUGGUACAUGGUGUCUCUCGUUCACAUCUACAACCGCUGGAAAAACAGUGAGAUUAGCUGCUUUGUGAACGGAGAACUGGCUUCCUUUGGAGACAUUGCCUGGUUUGUCAACACCAGCGACACAUUUGACAAGUGUUUCCUGGGAUCGUCCGAGACGGCAGAUACCAACCGUGUGUUCUGCGGACAGAUGGGGGCAGUUUAUCUGUUCUCAGAAGCUCUGAGCGCAGCUCAAAUCCUGGCUAUCUAUCAGCUGGGCCCGGGCUACCAGGGCACAUUCAAGUACAGGGCCGAGAGUGACUUGUUGUUUGCAGAGCAUCAUAAAACCUUACUGUACGACGGCAAGCUGUCCUCCAGCAUCGCCUUCACCUACAACCCUCGCGCCACAGACGCACAGCUCUGCCUGGAGUCCUCCCCCAAGGACAACGCCUCCAUUUUCGUCCACUCGCCCCACGCACUCAUGCUGCAGGACGUGAAGGCCGUGGUGACUCACUCAGUCCAGAGUGGCAUCCACUCUAUUGGCGGCGUGCAGGUCCUCUUCCCUCUGUUUGCACAGCUGGAUUAUUGCCAGCCUUCCAGCCACGAGCUGGACACCUCCGUCUGCUGCACUUUGCUGUCCUUUGUGAUGGAGCUCUUGAAGAACUCUGUGGCUAUGCAAGAGCAGGUCCUGGCCUGCAAAGGCUUUCUCGUCAUUGGCUACACACUGGAGAAGUCUUCCAAGGUGCACGUGACUCGGCCCGUCCUGGACAUUGUGCUGGCCUUCUCCCGAUACCUGAGCAACCUGCAGAACGGCAUCUUGCUGCUCAAGCAGCUGUGUGACCACAUUCUGUUCAACCCUGCCAUCUGGAUCCAUGCCCCUGCCAAGGUGCAGCUGACGCUUUACACCUACCUGGCGACAGAGUUCAUCAGCACAGUGACCAUCUACAAUGCCAUCCGCAGGGUGGGCACUGUGCUGCAGGUCAUGCACACACUGAAAUACUACUACUGGGUCAUCAACCCUCAGGACCGCAGCGGAGUCGUGCCCAAGGGCCUCGAUGGUCCGAGGCCAACCCAGAAGGAGAUGCUCUCUCUGCGAGCCUUUCUGCUGCUGUUUGUGAAGCAGCUCAUAAUGAAGGAUCAUGGAGUGAAGGAAGACGAGCUGCAGAGCAUCCUCAACUACCUCCUGACCAUGCAUGAGGAUGACAAUCUCAUGGAUGUGCUCCAGUUGUUGGUCGCUCUGAUGUCAGAACAUCCUGGACCCAUGGUCCAGGCCUUCGACCAGCGCAACGGGAUCCGUGUGAUUUAUAAGCUUUUGGCCUCAAAAAGUGAAGGAAUAAGAGUCCAGACGCUCAAGGUUCUGGGCUACUUUCUGAAACACUUAUCACCAAAGAGGAAAGCCGAAGUUAUGAUGAGUCACGGCCUGUUCUCCCUCCUGACCGAGCGCCUGAUGCUGCACUCCAGCCAGUUCACCAUGACGACCUACAACGCUCUCUUCGAGAUUCUCACAGAGCAGAUCUGCACUCAAGUGAUCCAUAAACAGCAUCCGGACCCCGACUCCACUGUGAAGAUUCUCAACCCACAGAUUCUGAAGGUAAUAGCUGCUCUGCUGAAGAGCUCUCCCCCAUCCCCCGAGAGCAUGGAGGUGCGCCGGGUGUUUCUGUCAGACAUGAUCAAACUGUUCAAUAACAGCCGAGAGAACCGCAGGAGCCUGCUGCAGUGCUCGGUGUGGCAGGAGUGGAUGCUCUCGCUGGGCUUCAUCAGCCCGCGCAGCAGCGAAGAGCAGAAGAUCACAGAGAUGGUGUACGCCAUCUUCCGCAUCCUCCUCUACCACGCCAUCAAGUACGAGUGGGGCGGCUGGCGCGUCUGGGUGGACACCCUGUCCAUCACCCACUCCAAGGUGUCCUUCGAGCUGCACAAGGAGAAUCUGUCCCGCAUGUUCCGACAGUAUCAGCACCAGGAGUCAACAGGCUCUCAAAGCACAAUCCGCACUGUGUCGGGAGUCAGCCAAAGCUCCGAGACAUUGGAGUGUGUCAACGGGUCUCCCGCCGAGGAGGCGGCCCCUUCCACUGUCAUCGAGCUCACGGUGGACGAGCUGUCCCAGAAACCCCCCGAAACUGCGUCUACUUCCACCAGCGCUCCUCAGGAGGCCAGCGACGAAAGGGGACAGGCAGCCAUCACUGUGUCCAACAUCCUGUCCAGGGCCGAAGAAGAAGAGGACAAGGCGGCGGAGGAGUCGAGUGUCGGAAAAGACACUGAAGCAAAUGUGACUCAGAAAUCUGAUUCAGAGGAGCAAAAUGAAGACGUCAAGCAGAAAGCAGAGGACACUUUAACUGACAAAAGCAAUGAUGAAGUUAAAGAGCCACUCGACGGUCAGCCUCAAACGGCCGAUACGAAAGUCGAGGAAGUGGAUAAAGACUCCACAACGUCUGCAAGUAAUGAUUCACAAAUACCUGGAACGGACGAGGAAAAGUCUGAGAGUGAGCACAACAAAGGCGAAUCAUCAAUUUCAAUGACGGACGACUCCUUGAACGAAGCUGACCUCUCUGCUAUUUCAGAGGUAGAAAGCAAGAGGAACCAAAUGUCCCCAGAAACUGCAACAUUUCUGGAAAACAGCAUGGUGGGCGGAGCCUCCAUGUUUAACGAGGACCUUGUGGAUGUGUCCUCUGUCAGCGACCAAGUCCACCCGAGUGACGCCGACGACAGCCAGGAAGAGUCGUCUUUCGUCUCCGCCGCUGCUGGAGACGAAUCGCAGGUGGUAAAACGGGAUGAUGAGAAACUUGAAGACGAUGAAGGUGAAAAGGGGGAAGACACAAAACAGGUGGAAAAGGAAGAAAAACAGGAAAAGAGGGAGGAGGAUGAUGGAAAAAGUGAAGAAGAUCAGAAAUCGGAGCCGUCGUUGGCGAGUGAGACUCCUCCUGCGGAAACACCUGAGCAAAGUGUGCCAGAGCCGCCCAAAGAAACUGUUACAGAAGAGCAGUCUUCCUCUGCAGCUGAUACUACAGACCAGCAGCCCUCGGACAGCACACUGCCCUCUGCUGACCCGGAGGUUAAAGCAGCAGCAGCAGCAGAGUCCACCUCCGUCAGCCAGCCUUCAGGAACCAGCGGCGCCGCUGCGGCAGAAGCCUUGCCCAGUGGUCCCGACAGUAGCGCCCCCACCACUUCCAGCUCCGACACGCGCAAGAGCAGCGAGCCCGUCAGCAAGACCAAAGAUAUUAAAAUCGCAAGACUGGACGUGUCCAAUGUGGCCUUAGACACAGAAAGACUUGAACUGAAGGAGACCCCGGGAGGAGAAACGAGCCAGUCAGCAGCAGCCGGAGGGUCUUCAGGCCAGCCAAGAGACAGCAGCUCUUCGGCUCCUCGCUCCACCAUGUUUCGGAUCCCGGAGUUUCGCUGGUCCCACAUGCACCAGCGCCUCCUCACCGACUUGCUCUUCUCCAUCGAGACAGAUGUUCAGAUGUGGAGGAGUCACUCCACGAAGACCAUUCUGGACUUCGUGAACAGCAGUGAGAACGUUGUGUUCGUCCACAACAGCAUACACCUCAUCUCCCAGGUGGUGGACAACCUCAUCAUGGCCUGUGGAGGCAUCCUGCCUCUGCUCUCUGCUGCCACCUCGUCCUCGCAUGAACUGGAGAACAUCGAACCAUCCCAGGGCUUGGCAGUGGAGGCUUCAGUCACCUUCCUGCAGCGCCUCAUAAGCCUUGUGGAUGUCCUCAUAUUUGCGAGCUCGCUCAACUUCACAGAGAUCGAAGCUGAGAAGAACAUGUCGUCAGGGGGAAUCCUCCGACAGUGCCUUCGCCUCGUGUGUGCAAUGGCAGUGAGGAACUGUCUGGAGUGUCAGCAGGCCCAGUUUAAGCCGGGCGCUCAGGGCCCGGCUCGCAGCCACUCCGCCAUGCCCAGCGCCGUGCUCGGAACGGCCAAGUCUGCAUCUGCACAGAGUCCCGUUGAUGCCGUGACAGGUGGUAUGUCCCCAAUCAGAGACUUGGACCGGCUGCUUCAGGACAUGGACAUCAACCGCCUCAGGGCCGUUGUAUUCAGAGAUAUUGAGGACAGUAAGCAGGCCCAGUUUUUGGCUCUGGCUGUGGUCUACUUCAUCUCAGUCCUCAUGGUGUCCAAGUACCGUGACAUCCUGGAGCCCCACAAUGAUAAGAAGCAACCUCAGCGCUCCCAGUCUGCUCGGAGCACAGAUAGCGGCGCUGUGUCUGGUGGAGCCGAGGUGGAAAAUGGCUUCUCUCUCAGGCGCUAUGACUCUGGCAUCGGGGAAGACCAUGCCUCAGCAGCCGCCAGCGAACAGGAUCUGUCCUCCUCCGUCGGCCCGGACGCCGUCUCUGAGGCCCUGUCCACGCUGUCGUCCGAGGUCAGAACCACCGCGUCUGCCGACUCAAAGGGCAAGAACGUGAAGGACAUCCUGCGCAGCCUCGUCAGCGCCCCGGGUGAUGAUAUCAUGGUGGAUCCGAGCCUGCUUCCGCCGGCGUUUAUCGGGAGUGUGGGAGACGCGGCCAGGGACUCGUCAACACGCUCUCUCUCUUUCGAUAGAAGUGUCGUCGCCGCCCCCAAGAAAGCGGGAGUGAUACCGUCUCCAGCUGCUUCUGCUGCUGUGAUGCCAGCCGCCGCUCCCUCUGUGUCUGGCAGGACUCCCAUCGACAGUGUCGCUGUGGUUUCUUCUGGCGAUGCCUCCCAGACUGCGUCUGCAGACUCAGCAGCCGCAGGCGGCCAGGUUCCAGCCAGCGCCAGCCUGCCAUCUGUCCCCCCACUCUCCCCUGUGACCCAGAACACAGCCCCCAAUAUGAGUAUCUCGGAGCGUCUGGAGCACGCUCUGGAAAAGGCAGCACCUCUGCUCAGGGAGAUCUUCGUGGACUUUGCUCCCUUUCUGUCCCGCACCCUGCUGGGCAGCCACGGACAAGAGCUCCUCAUAGAGGGCACCAGCCUGGUGUGUAUGAAGUCCAGCAGCUCGGUGGUGGAGCUCGUCAUGCUUCUGUGUUCACAGGAAUGGCAGAACUCCAUCCAGAAGAAUGCCGGUUUGGCCUUCAUCGAACUGGUCAACGAAGGCAGGCUUCUAAGUCACACCAUGAAGGAUCACCUGGUUCGUGUGGCGAAUGAGGCAGAAUUUAUCCUCAGCAGACAGAGAGCUGAAGACAUCCACAAACAUGCCGAAUUUGAGUCGACCUGUGCCCAGUAUGCAGCAGACAAGCGAGAGGAGGAGAAAAUGUGCGACCACUUAAUCCGAGCAGCCAAGUACCGCGACCACGUGACGGCCACGCAGCUCAUCCAGAAGAUCGUCAACAUCCUGACCGACAAACACGGAGCCUGGGGAAACUCGUCCAUCAGCCGGCCGAGGGAGUUCUGGCGCCUGGACUACUGGGAGGACGAUUUAAGGCGGCGACGUCGCUUCGUCAGGAACCCCUUCGGAUCCAGUCACUCAGAGGCUACCCUCAAAGCCGCCGCGGAACACGCAGUGGCUGAUAUCAGUGCAUCAGAAGAGGAUGUUCUCAAAGGCAAGCAGUCCAUCAGGGGUCCGGCUCUCGGGAACCAGAAUUCAGAGAGCGAGACCUCUCUGGACGGAGAUGAAGACACCCUGUCAUCUCUGGAGGAGAAGGAUCUGGAUAACUUAACGGGCCCGGUGAACCUGAGCACCAGCGCUCAGCUCGUCGCUCCGGCCGCGGUGGUGAAAGGCACCCUGUCCAUCACCGCGUCCGAGCUCUUCUUCGAGGUGGACGAGGAGGAGGCCAGCUUCAAGGCCAUCGACCCAAAGAUUCUAGCCUAUACAGAAGGCCUCCAUGGAAAAUGGCUGUUCACAGAGAUCCGGGCUGUUUUUUCCAGACGUUACCUCCUGCAGAACACAGCUCUGGAAGUCUUCAUGGCCAACAGGACGGCCAUCAUGUUCAACUUCCCAGAUGCAGCCACUGUCAAGAAAGUGGUUCACAGUCUUCCUCGUGUUGGCGUGGGCACGAACUUUGGCCUUCCACAGACCAGACGUAUUUCUUUAGCUACACCAAAGCAGCUGUUCAAGGCUUCCAACAUGACCCAGCGCUGGCAGCGGCGUGAGAUAUCCAACUUCGAGUACCUGAUGUUUCUCAACACCAUCUCCGGUCGCACUUUCAAUGACCUCAACCAGUACCCGGUCUUCCCCUGGGUCAUCACCAACUACGACUCAGAGGAACUUGACCUCACUCUGCCCAGCAACUUCAGGGAUCUGUCCAAGCCCAUUGGUGCUCUGAACCCCAAGAGGGCGGCCUUCUUUUCAGACCGCUAUGAGUCCUGGGAGGAUGACCAGGUGCCAAAAUUUCAUUAUGGCACCCACUACUCCACCUCCAGCUUCACCCUCAUGUGGCUCCUACGCAUCGAACCUUUCACCACCUUCUUCCUCAACUUCCAAGGAGGGAAGUUUGACCAUGCUGACCGCACCUUCUCCUCGGUGUCCAGAGCCUGGAGGAACUGCCAGAGAGACACAUCUGAUGUGAAGGAGCUGAUUCCAGAGUUCUACUUUCUGCCCGAGAUGUUCGUCAACGCCAACAAUUACAACCUUGGAGUGAUGGAGGACGGCACCGUGGUGUCGGAUGUGGAUCUGCCACCUUGGGCAAAAAGCCCAGAGGAGUUUGUGCGCAUCAAUCGCCUGGCUCUGGAGAGCGAGUUCGUGUCCUGCCAGCUUCACCAAUGGAUCGAUCUGAUUUUCGGGUACAAGCAGCAGGGACCCGAAGCAGCCAGAGCGCUCAACGUCUUCUACUAUCUGACCUACGAGGGCGCGGUGAACCUGAACUCCAUCAACGAUCCGAUGCUCAGAGAGGCUGUGGAGGCCCAAAUUAGGAGUUUUGGACAGACCCCCUGCCAGUUACUGAUCGAGCCACACCCACCCCGAAGCUCGGCAAUGCAAGUGUAUCUUCUCCUGCAGACCCCUCUGAUGUUUACGGAGCAGAUGCAGCAGGACGUCAUCAUGGUGCUGAAGUUUCCCUCCAACUCUCCCGUGACUCACGUCGCCGCCAACACCCAGCCGGGCCUGACGUCGCCCGCCAUCAUCACCGUCACCGCCAACCGAAUUUUUUCGGUCAACAAGUGGCACGGCCUGACAGGUCAUCAGAGCUCAACGGUGCAGGACCAACAGUACCAACUUCCCGUGGAAAUUGACCCUCUGAUAGCCAGUAACGUGGGGAGUCAUCGCCGGCAGAUCUCAGACCUGCUGGAUCAGAGCAUCCAGAUCAGCUCGCAGUGUUUCGUCAUCACGGCCGACAACCGCUUCAUCCUGCUGUGUGGCUUCUGGGACAAGAGUUUCCGGGUCUACUCCACAGACACAGGCAAGCUGACUCAGAUCGUCUUUGGGCAUCGGGACGUGGUGACGUGCCUGGCGCGCUCGGAGUCGUACAUCGGAGGAGACUGCUACGUCCUGUCUGGCUCCAGAGAUGCGACUCUGCUGCUGUGGUACUGGAAUGGAAAGCACAGCAGCAUUGGAGAGAGCCCAGGCACGAUGUUCACGACACCCAGGGCCAUCCUCACCGGUCACGACUGCGAGGUGACCUGUGUAAGUGUGUGUGCCGAGCUGGGCCUCGUCAUCAGCGGCUGCAAAGAGGGUCCUUGUCUGAUCCAUUCCAUGAAUGGGGACCUGCUGCGGACCCUGGAGGGCCCGGAGCGCUGCCAGCGGCCCCGCCUCAUCCAGUCGUCCACCGAGGGCCACAUCAUGAUCUACUACGACCGGGGACAGUUCUGCCUCUUCAGCGUCAACGGAAAGCUGCUGGCGCACAUGGAGAUGGAGGACAGCAUCAAGGCUAUGCUCCUCAGCCGAGACGGUCAGUACAUGCUGGCAGGCGGUGACGGAGGCGUAGUGUCUGUCUGGCAGGUCCACAACCUCAAACAGCUGUUCACCUACCCCGGCUGCGACGCAGGGGUCCGCUCCAUGGCCAUGUCACAUGACCAAAGGUGCAUCAUCACCGGCAUGGCGUCCGGCAGCAUCGUGCUCUUCUACAACGACUUCAACCGGUGGCAUCAUGAAUACCAGACCCGGUACUGAGCCGGAGAAAACGACCCAAACCAUCGCAAAGGCACUGUUCUGUCUAUAUCCUGAUAACCUGAAUGUAUCUCAAUGAACGGAGAGAAAAAAAAAAAAAAAACAACCUGUCCUGUUAUAGUUUAAAGAAUCAAACUAUUUUUAAAGAAGGGCAUU